AUGAACGGCAUCAAGCAAGACUCCCCACACGGGGCGUCCGCCGCCGCCGACGCACCGUCCAACCUCUCCGAGAAAGCGCUGCCUCCUAUCCAGGGCGCUCUCCACUCCGCCCAAAAGGCAGCCAAGGACGCCGUCGGAUCGGCACGCGACGUCACUUCUUCGUCGUCUCUCACCACCGAGUAUCCCGUGCCGCAGUCGCAUCCCGACUCGCAGAUCGCCGAUUACGUCCUCGUAUUCCAGCACAUCGCCAAAAAGUACCUUCGCUCCAGCACAAAGGUGCCCGCCGCAGAGCGUUCCAAGAUCGCAGCAGAGUACGACGCACUCGUACAGCGCAUCCGUGACACUGGCCUCCACGUAACCAGCCGCGAAGGUUCCAAAGGCUCCGGUCAGAUCUUACUCUUUGUAAAGGCAGACUCGCAGCUCCUCCAUCAGCUCGCCCGGCAGGAGGCGCUCUCCGACUACCUCCAUGGCGUGCUCUCCGUACAGCCGCCCCCGCCGCGCUCCUCAAGCCUCGCCGACGCAUCAUUUCAAAAGCAGCAGCCGUCGUCGCUCCACCUCACGCCCGCAUCGCGCCUCCGUCUCGUCGACUCGCUCCUCACGCUGCCCAGCCUCGCCUCGCACGCCGUCAAGAAUGCAGCCGGCAGCUCUCAGGUGCCCUCGGGCGCUGGUCUCAGGCUCGGCCUCAAAGAGUUCCCGCAUCUCGUCGACAUGAGCGCCAUCCACGACCCCGCGUACAACUCGGCAUGGAUGAAGCGCUGGUCGCACACCUCGCCCGCCAAGCUCUUCUCGGGCAUCGGCCUCGCAGACCUCGACUCGAUCCGCGAACACUUUGGCGAGGACGUGGCGCUCUACUUUGGCUUCCUCAACUUCUACUUCCAGGCGCUCGCCCCCGCCGCGCUGCUCGGCCUCGCCUUCUGGCUCCUCGGUAGGCCCUUCUCGCCCGUCUACUCGCUCGGCCUCGUCUCGUGGUCCUGCCUCUUUGUCGAACUGUGGCGCAUGAAGGAACGCAAGCUCGCCGUGCGCUGGGGCACACUCGGCGUCUCCCAAGUCGACCGCAGGCGCCACGACUUUGUGCCGCGCACCACGCGCAUCGAUCCAGCCACCGAAGAGCCCGAGGAGGUCUUUGAGUGGUGGCGCCGCGAACUUCGCGUCAUCCUCUCGCUGCCCAUCGUCGCCUUCUUCGCCUCCGUGCUGGCGGCUACCAUGACGCUCAUGUUUGUCGUCGAGAUCUUCGUCACCCAGCUCUACCACGGCCGACUCAAGCAGGCCGUGCCCUUCAUCCCCACCGCGCUGCUCGUCGUCGCCGUGCCCCAGAUCAUCGCCGCCUGGCAGGCCACCGCGGUCGCCAUCACAAAGUGGGAGAAUCACCACAGCGCAAAGUCGUACGACUACUCGCUCACGCUCAAGCGCUUUGCCAUGCAGGCCAUCACCGCCUACGGCGCACUCACCCUCUCCGCCUACAUCUACAUCCCCUUUGGCGAGUCGAUCAUGGAGACCAUGGUGCAGCGCGGCUUCUUCCGCGACUCGAUCCAGCACGCCAUCCGCACGGGCAACAUCAGUCCAAAGGGCAUCGACUUCCACAUCAACCCGGACCGCAUGCACACCCAGCUCUUCGCCGUCAGCGUCACCAGCCAGUUCGUCAACGCCUUUACCGAGCUUGCGCUGCCCGUGCUCAUGCGCAAAUUUGCCGAGUGGCGCGAGGAGCGCGCCGCCCAAAAGAACGCCGACGGCUCAUCGCAGCGUCAGCCUCAGCGCCAGGACUCGGCGUCGUCCUCUGCCCCGUCAUCGGGCGACGUAACUCCGCUCGAGCCCGGCGCGGCCGACAGUGGCAAGGAGGAGUCGGAGCGGCGCUUCGUCUCGCGCGUGCGCAAGGAGCUGCAGCUUCCGCCGUACGAUCUGUUUGGCGACUACGCAGAGAUGGCGACGCAGUUUGGCUACAUUACGCUCUGGUCCGUCGUGUGGCCGCUGUCGCCCGUGAUGGGGUUUGUCAACAAUUUUUUCGAGCUGCGCUCGGAUGCGGCCAAGAUCAGCGUGAACAACCGACGUCCCGUGCCCGUACGGGCCGAGACGAUCGGGCCCUGGCUCGAGGCGUUUGGCUUUAUCGCGUGGUUGGGUGCGCUCAACAAUGCCGCGCUCGUCUACCUCUUCCAGCAGUCGGAGCAUGCGCAUCUCGAGGGCCAUUCGCGGUACGAGACCACCAUGCGCACGCACCUCCAUCCUUCGCGCGCCAAUCUCACGCUCGCCGACGAUGCACAGUCGCGAUUCAGCUUCUCAAGGCUCGUGCCGUCGCACAUCCCAACGUCGGGUGCGGCGGGCGCGAUCGUGGCGGCGGUGCUGGUGGCGCUGUUGGCGGAGCAUGUGUAUGCGCUGGUCAGGUCGGGCAUUCGGCACAUCCUCGAGCGGCUCAUCUGGCGCGGCUCGCACGAGGAGAUGGUCGUCCGGCGCAGAGAGUGGGUCCUGCGCGUCGAGACGCUCAAGUCGCACGUGCACGGCCAGAUCGACGCAGCCGAGGGCGGGCUCGAGAGCAUCCGCGAAUCGCUCUCGGGCGACGUACGUUCCGCAGCCGGAUUCUGGAGCAAGGACAAGGACGUCGGCGCCACGGCCAUCCACAACUCGGGCAAGACCGAAUAA